GCCAGUGGCCACAGCAGCUCAGCAGAGAGGAGCAAGAGAUCCCUGCCUCGUGUUGGAAAAUUGUCCCUGAUGAAGGCCUAGACCUGAUCGCGGUCGCAGAGACUUUCAGAUGCAGCCUCUGCCUCAGGACACAGGCAUGAGCCCAGCCUCUGUGACCCUGGCCAGUGCCCUGCAGGUCAGGGGCGAAGCUCUGUCAGAGGAGGAAAUCUGGUCCCUCUUGUCCCUAGCUGCUGAGCGGCUCCUGGAAGACCUCCGAGAAGAUUCCUCGGACUAUGUGGUCUGUCCCUGGUCAGCCCUGCUGUCUGCAGCCGGAAGUCUUUCUUUCCAGGACCAUAUUUCUCACAUAGCGGCUACUCCUUUCAAGGCCCCUGAACUGCUACAGGGACAGAGUGAUGAAGAGUCGUCUGAUGCAUCUCAGAUGCACGUGUAUUCUUUGGGCAUGACCCUCUACUGGUCAGCAGGCUUUCACGUCCCACAAGAUCAGCCUCUGCGGCUCCAUGAGCCCUUGCACUCCAUUCUGCUGACUAUGUGUGAAGACCAGCCUCGCAGGCGUCUGCCCCUGCAGUCAGUUCUGGAAGCCUGUCGGGUUCAUCGGGAAGAGGCGGCUGUAUACCCAGCUUCUGCCAAUCUCCAUGUCCAACGGCUGGCCAGCUUAGUUCUGGCCACCAUCUCUGAGGUGGGGAGGGGAGCUGCAGAAGGAAGCUACUCUGUGCAGCGGGACCGAAGCCGCUUGCUCAGGAGUAGGCUGCAUCAGGUGAGCUGUGAGGACCCAGCAGCAGGCGCCCUGGAGCGACCGCACCCCUGCAGAGUUUCAGAGAGAAGCACAGAGACCCAGAGCUCCCUGGAGCCCGGUCUGAGCACCUCAGUCCCCAGUCACUGCAGCCUCUCGGCUAGUAGUGCUCUGCCAAUGGAAGCUCCCCCAGAGCUUGAGGACGGACAGCAGCUCAGCUCUGGCUCGAUGUUCCCAGUGUCUGCAGAAACCUCACAGUCAGCAGUUCCUUCUCAAAGGGCUUUUCUGCAAAGAAAAGGAAAGUUCUCUAGGCCUGAGUUCAUCUUGCUGGCUGGAGAGGUCCCGGUGACUUUGCAUCUACCCGGCUCAGUUGUGACCAAAAAAGGGAAAUCCUAUUUGGCUCUCAGGGACCUCUGCGUGGUGCUGUUGAAUGGGCAGCGUCUGGAGGUGAAAUGUGACAUUAUGUCAACAGCGGGAGCCGUCUUCAGCGCUGUCAUGUCCUUUGUCCACCUUAGGGAGCUCACCUACUUUGGCUUGGCUUACAUGAAAGGGAAAGAGUUCUUUUUCUUGGACAAUGAAACCAGAUUGUGCAAAAUAGCCCCUGAAGGCUGGAGUGAGCAGCCCCAGAAGAAGACCUUCUCGAAUACCUUCACUCUCUUUCUGAGGAUAAAGUUCUUUGUCAGUUGCUGUGUGCAACUCCAGCACAGCCAGACAAGACAUCAAUUUUAUCUGCAGCUUCGGAAAGACAUCCUGGAGGAGAAGCUCUACUGCAAUGAUGAGACCCUGCUGCAGCUGGCGGUCCUUGCCUUGCAGGCUGAGUUUGGCAAUUACCCUGAGGAGCAGAUAGAGAGUAAAACCUAUUUUCGGGUUGAAGAUUACAUCCCAGCAAGUCUGCUUGAGAGGAUGACUGCUCUCCGGGUCCAAGCUGAAGUCUCAGAGAUGCACCGUCUCAGUCCUGUGCUCUGGGGAGAGGAUGCUGAGCUAGAAUUCUUGAGGGUCACUCAGCAGCUCCCAGAAUAUGGUGUGCUGGUUCAUCGAGUUCUCCCAGAGAAGGCCAGGGUGGAAGGCGAGAUGGCCUUGGGUUUCUGUACCAAGGGUGUCAUUGUAUACGAAGUGACAAACGACAGCAGAAUUGCAACUUUGCGGUUUCAGUGGAGAGAAAUAAGAAAGAUUUCAACUUGUCGGAAGAAGUUCACCAUCACGAGCAGCAUCACUGGGAAAAAGCACACGUUUGUCACUGAUUCAGCCAAGACCUGUAAAUAUUUACUAAGACUCUGCUCUGCUCAGCAUGGGUUUAAUGCUCAGAUGAGCUCCCUGCCCGUUGCAGCUGACCAUGAUAAAUGUGUGCAAAUGCCCAGUAUGAGUUUUGCACACCUGGCCCAGUCCAAGUCUCUCACUUGGAUUCAGAGAUUAUCAAGCUCAGAAAAUGCACUGUUUGCACCCGCACCUGGGCUGGAGGCUGCUGCAGGGGGCCUGCUGGCUGCGUCGAUGGAUAACUUCGCUGUGGAAACCAGCAAGGAGACUGCGGCACGGGGAAACCGAGGCAGCCCUUGCAUGCGUCGGGAGCAGCUAGAAACCAUCUCUUUGAUCCAGAAGUCCACGACUCGUGACCCUGUCUCUGGGCUGCCUGUGGAGAGCAUGUACAUGGGGCCACUAAAUGACAGGAGAAAGGGCUUUAUAGCUGAACCAGAAGGAGAAAUCACGCAUGUGACACUGACCCGGGAUCCGCAUCGUGGCUUCGGCUUUGUCAUUAAUGAGGGAGAUGGUGUUGGCAAAGCUGACCCUGGCAUCUUUAUAUCUUCUAUUAUACCUGGGGGACCAGCUGACAAAGCUAAAAAGAUCAAGCCAGGAGGGCAGAUACUGGCCUUGAAUCACAUCAGUCUGGAGGGCUUCACAUUCGACAUGGCUGUUAGAAUGAUUCAGAAUUCUCCUGACAGCAUAGAAUUAAUCAUUUCUCAGUCAAAAGGUUUUUGUGGAAGUACCCCAAGUGAGGAAAAGAAUAGCAUGGCCAAUUCUGGGGUCUUCUCUACAGACAGCCCAAGCAACUGGCAUCAGGGAAGCUUUUCACCACACAAGCAAAACCAAGAGAAAAAUAUUGAAGACCUUGAAGUGGCUCAGACUCAGAGCUUACUGCCCACGGUGAGGCCUCAGCUUUCCCCUUCGCCAUUAAAGGGUGCUGGUUCUUCUUGUCCUCCACCACCUUCAGAAAUCAAUGUCAGUGAAAUCUACUUUGUGAAAUUGGUUAAAGAAGAUGGGACGCUUGGAUUCAGUGUGACUGGUGGCAUUAACACAAGUGUGCCCUAUGGAGGUAUCUACGUGAAAGCCAUCGUUCCUGGAGGGCCAGCUGCCAAGGAAGGGCAGAUCCUGCGGGGUGACCGGCUCCUGCAAGUGGAUGGAGUGAGUCUGUGUGGCCUCACCCACAAACAGGCAGUGUGUUGCCUCAAGGGUUCUGGGCAGGUUGCAAGACUGGUCUUAGAGAGAAGAGGCCCUAGGACUGCCCAGCAGUGUCCUUCUGCUAAGGACAGGACGGGAGAUGAAUGCACGGCUGUUUCCUUGGCAACAGCCUUGCCCGGCAGACCCGCAGGCUGUGUCUCUGCGACAGAUGGUCCUAAGUUUGAAGUCACCCUGAAAAAAAAUGCCAGUGGGUUGGGAUUCAGCUUCGUGCAGAUGGAGAGAGAGAGCUGCAGCCAUCUCAGGAAUGAUCUUGUGAGAAUUAAGAGACUCUUUCCAGGGCAGCCAGCUGAGGAGAACGGGGCCAUCGCAGCUGGUGACAUUAUCCUGGCCGUGAAUGGAAGGCCCAUCGAAGGCCUUGUGUUCCAGGAGGUGCUCCAUUUACUGCGAGGGGCCUCCCAGGAAGUCACGCUCCUACUUUGCCGACCCCCUCCGGGUGUUCUGCCUGAGGUAGACCAGGGAUGGCAGACACCUGUGCUCUCAUCAGACAAAGAAUUCACCAAGGCGUCUUGUACGGACUCAGAGCAGAGCCCCAGUCUGGAUCAAGAGGACAGCAGGAGAGACAGUGCCUCCCCAGGUGCAGGGGAAAGCCUGAGUCUUAGGCCAGAGUCUUUCCAAAAAGCCCCCGGGGAAGCACAAGGGGACCAAGACCUAGAGAGACCCUGGACCACUUGUUUGACGCAUCCUCAGGAUUCCCACCCUCAUUUAUGCAGACUUCAGCAAGAAAUGGAUACAUCAACAUUGGCCACCUCUUUGGAAAAGGAUAUGAGGCAAAAUUGCUAUUCAGUUUGUGAUAUCAGGAGGCUUGAAAGUCCUGAAUUGGACACAGAUGAAGAUGAAGGAAACAUAGGUCACCUACUCGAAGCCCCUUCUCCCACUGUGGACAAUGAAACAUAUCUUACCAUCAGCUCUACAUUGGAAAGCCAGCUACUCUGUGAAGAAUGUUUGGAGGCAGAUUCGGGAACCAUUCCCUUGCCACAGUUCUGUUCUUGGCACGCUAUCACAGAGUCUUUGCCUGUAGAAGAGUUGUGUGAUAGUGAGAAUGAAUGGGAAGACCUGGAGGAGGCUGUGGACCCAGAUGAUGGCACCCUCAGGAGGCUGAAACAAUCCCUGUUGUCUGUUGGGAUUAGGAAAGCAAUUGAACUGUUCUCUUUGGUGAAGGCUGCUGCUGGCCAAAUGGCAAGCAGGCCAGUGAAAGCUGCCUGUCGUUUUAGGUGAACAGAGAAAGUCUGAGAGUCACCCGAGGCAGAGCCCUGAGGUUUCUGCAUGGACAUCCUUUUGACAGUGAUCACAUGGAAGAACUCUCAGAUGUCCUCAGUCCAGAGAAUGUACAUACGAGCUCUACAACCAGGAAAGAAACCCGUGGGUACCUGAGGGGGAGGCAGGGAAUGGAGGAUCUGGCCUAGUUAAGAACUAACUUUAAAACGACCAUGGCUGUCACUUCUGAGACUCAUUUUGAAUAGCAGUCAUGACCUCUCUCCCAUUCUGGGGUUUAUGUUGAAUAAAGCUGUGCGUGCG